CAACGUACGUGUUUACGCAACAGUGUUCCGAGGGAGAGACGGCACAAACACUCCGAUUUAAAGAAGUUGUAUUCGCCGUGGUGCUGCUGUGAAACAGCCUCAGCUGGUUCCUGUGACAGCUGCUCAGCGGCUUAGUUUCAGCGUCGCUUCGACGUCGUAGGAAGCAGGUGAGGCUGCCCGGCCUCUGUGAAGUGACGUAUUUAAGGCGUUUUUAAUACAGCAGAUCAGAUUAGCUAUGCCUGAAAAACAUGUCUGUUAAAGGAGACAAUGAAAGUAAAGAGAGCGUUCACCGCACCGAAUUGUAUGCCAGCAUCCCUCCAUCAUGUCUGCCCAUUGUGUACCACCCUGACUACAACAUCACAUUCAUGGGCCUGGAGAAGCUUCACCCAUUUGACUCAGGAAAGUGGGGGAAAGUCAUCCACUUCCUGAAAGAGGAGCAGUUCAUCACUGAUGGGAACAUUGUGGAAGCCCGUGAAGCCACAGAGGAGGAUCUGCUGGUGGUUCAUAGUAAACGCUACCUCAGUAGAUUAAAGUGGUCUCUCGUGGUGGCAAAAAUCACUGAAAUCCCACCCCUAGUGUUUUUGCCUAACGCUCUGGUUCAGCGAAAGGUGCUGAGACCUUUACGGACCCAAACAGGAGGAACAAUUAUGGCUGGGAAGCUGGCCGUAGAGCGAGGAUGGGCUAUAAAUGUUGGGGGAGGCUUCCACCACUGCUCCAGUGACAAGGGAGGAGGCUUUUGUGCCUAUGCUGACAUCACAUUGGCCAUCAGGUUUCUUUUUGAGAGAGUGGAAGGCAUGUCCAGAGCCACCAUCAUUGACCUUGAUGCUCAUCAAGGGAAUGGACAUGAGCGAGACUUUUUGGAUGAUUCCCGAGUGUUCAUCAUGGAUAUGUAUAACCACAACAUCUAUCCAGGGGACAGAUUUGCCAAACGAGCCAUAAAAAGGAAGGUGGAGCUGGACUGGGACACUGAAGAUGCUGAGUACCUUCAGAAGGUUGAGCUUCACUCUGAGGGAGCAUUGAAUGAGUUCCAUCCUGAUAUCCUUGUUUAUAAUGCAGGAACAGACAUCUUGGAUGGGGAUCCCCUUGGAGGCCUCUCCAUAUCACCACAGGGCAUUGUAAAGAGAGAUGAGAUUGUGUUCAGGGCCGCGAAGCAGCGAGGUAUUCCCAUCUUCAUGGUGACUUCAGGAGGGUACCAGAAGAAAACGGCACGGAUCAUUGCUGACUCCAUUCUCAACUUACAUCAGCAGGGUCUGAUUGGAGCUGAAGCCAUGAAUAGGGAGGAAUUUCCAUCACUUUCAACCCACUCAAUGUGCUGCUCUGGAUCUGCAGGACCAGCACACACCACCGUGUGAGGAGCAGUGGAACCUAACCUGACACUCCCAGGUGUGAGGUUAGAACAGGCAUGGAAAGGACUCUCUAGUUUCUCUCUUUGUUUCAGGAGGAUUGACAAUGAUAUUCUGUAGUCUCAGUUCCAUGCAAGGUGAUAAAUAAAUGGGUGUUUGCACAGAUACAAGGAUUGUUUGUGUAAAAUAUUGGGAAAAAAUAAGUAAAAUAAUAGCAUUAAGUUUAAUAACCAUACGGCAAAACAUUUGCUUUUUUUUGCGUUUGGUGGUACAUCAUUGAGACAGACUCAUUCUCAGGAAAUGCAAGAAAAAAACCUGUGACAUAAACUUGUUGAUCCACUAUACAAAGGUACUGCUUAUAAGACAGUGCCUUUAUAUAGUAGUUUGGGAUUUUUCUACUUGGAUCAUUAAGAUGCAUCUUUCUGUGACAUAUAAUAAGGGUUGAUGUACUUAGAUAAAACUCUGUUUUAAGCAUCUUUAUGUCUGUAACCUCAGAUUGCUAAUAUCAAGAUGAAAAAGGUUAUCUACACUUAGACUGUAAUAAUAUUUAAUGUAAUUGUAACAGUUUUUUACUCACUAAUGGAGUUAAAUAUUCAGAUUUUCAGAAAUGUUUUUUUAUUUAUUUUAAAUUUGUGUUUUAAAAUACUGUUGUUCUCAGAAGAUAACUUUUUUCCUGUGUUGUAUAAAUCAGCUGCUAUAACUAUAAUAUUAAACCCUAGAAAAAAUGUAAUUAAUAAAUUUAGUUUUAAAUGA